AUUAAAUGUUCCUGUUGGCCGCUGGGCGGCGCUGCGUUUUACAGGACUGGAAACUGGUCCGUUUCCGUUUCCGGUUGCGGGUCAGUCCCAGCUCGUUUUGUUUGGGUUCUUUCUCCGCCGUCUGUUGUUGUUUCCUAAGCCGCUCUCAUGUACCGGACGCCGGACCGACCUCAGCGGAGCCCCGCAGCCCCGCGGCCGGCUGGGAGAUUCGCCUCCCCGGCCUCCGGCUGGGGUUACCCCCGCUCGCCCUACGGAGGCUCCGGGCAACGGGGAGCAUCUCCCCGCGGCUGCCCCGCUUACUCUCCGGCUUCCCCGGGUUACUCCCCGGGCUACUCCCCGGGCUACUCCCCGGGCUCUCACCGAGGAUACAGGGACGGCUCCCCGGCGGGGUUCGGCAACGGGUCCCGGGGGUUCGGGGACUCUCCAGCCGGGUUCGGCAACGGGUCCCGGGGAUUCGGCAACGGGUCCCGGGGUCUCGGGGGGCAAAUGCGGCGCAGAGGAAGCGGAGGUUUACGGCGACCUCAGUCCUUUAGUCCCGCCUCAGCUAACUUCCAGGUGGAGAAGUACUUCAGUCCGUCGAUGCUGCAGGAUCCCUGGGCAGCUCUGCAGCCCGUCGCCGACAGGAAGUAACCAGCAAGAGACACUCAACAGACAGGAAGUAAACAGCAAGAGACACUCAACAGACAGGAAGUAAACAGCAAGAGACACCGACAGACAGGAAGUAACCAGCAAGAGACACUCAACAGACAGGAAGUAAACAGCAAGAGACACUCAAAAAACAGGAAGUAACCAGCAAGAGACACCGACCGACAGGAAGUAACAACAAAACAUCAGCAGCACCACACACAGUUUCUCUGAGCGUGCUCAGUAGAUCAGCUGAUCAGAGAGAAGACCUUCUGAGCGCGCUCAGUAACCAGCACAUGUCACUGAUUUCAGGGAUUUUUACUCAAUGAACUGACGAUGUUUUUAACAAACUUUUUACGUUUUUAAGCGACCAAUUCUUCUUCUUCGAGUGUUUUAUU